GCUCUUGCAGACAUCAUUGAAAAAUUAAAAGGCAAGCCAAGAACUCAGAGAAAAUAUUUGCAGCACAUGUAUGUGACAAAGGAUUUGUGUCCCGAAUACAACGGGGCCUCUUACAACUCAGUCGUAAGCAACAACCUGAAUGUCCAUCAACAGGAGAAUGGGAGAAUCAAAUGCCUGCAUUCACACAGUGGAACGUCAGGGAAACAAGGCUGCACGAAUAUUUCCACACAUCUGGACAGCUGGUCUCCUGAGCAAAGCCAGUCGGCGCAUCUCGGAAUGUCUCCUCUUCCACAGAGUCACCUGCUUCUCACACUGCAAGGGUGUCAGACGUGGAGCCAUGUGUUCCCGGUCAAAGGAUAGUAAAACUCAUCUCCCCAGAGCCACACGUUUGCAUGCAGGGUCGGGACCCUCCGCUUCGCUUCCUGGGAGAAUCACCCACUUUCCACUUGUUUACACCAGGGAGCAGGGUUUCUCUCUCUCCUCAGAAAGACAGAGCAGCAGGUGAGCAGUGUGCAGCCUCUAUACGCUUCCAGAUCCAUAAUUCUGGGCUUCUUCUCUCGAGGUGCGAGCGCAGCAUCCACCUGGCUCUCAUCACGUCACCCCAGAAGAGAGAGAAGAAUGGAGCACGGGGACCGGGUGCAGUUAUUGCUGCAGUGAUAGUAACAACACUGAAACCUCAUGUGUGCUUUCAGGAUAAAGAUGAACAGACGCAGAUGUUAAAAACUUACCAUGGAACACUCCUAGCCCUAAAAAAGAUAAAAGCUACUGAUACAUGUAGCAACGUGAGUGAGCCUCAAAGGAGUGAUGUUGAACAAAAGAAGCCAGAUAUAAAAGAAUACAUACUGUAUGUUUCCACUGAUAGAAAGGUCAAGAAGAGUCAAGACUAGUCAAAUGGUAACGGAAGUCAAAUAGUGACUUCCUGUUAGAAGGAUGUGAGAAAGCACCUGGGUCCUCAGAGUGCUGGAGAGCUUCUCUACUGUGAUCUGACGUUGGCACCAUCAUUGUGUGUAUAUGAAAAACUUAAGAUUAAUGUGCUUUAGGUGCCUUAUUUGAUGCAUGUUAUGACUUAAUAGAAAAACUUUAAGAAAAACCUCAGUCAGUUGUUUUGUGGGAAUUGACAAGUGAUUCUAAAAUUUAUAUGGAAAUGCAAAGGGCAAAAAUAGCCAAGAUUCUCAAAUAAGAGCCAAGUAGAGGGUCUCACUCUACCAGCAAAAUGAUAAAGUAAUCAAAAUCGUGUGGUAUUGGCGUAACGAUAGACAAAUCGACCAAUGGAACAGAGUACAUUCUUUAAUCAGAGCCAUCGUUAAAGACACAGUCAAGGAGGAAGGCGGAUUUGAAGAGCUACAGGGAAAGUUGAUUUUUCAGUGAAUAGUGCUGGGUCAAUUUGGCUCAUAUAAAAAAGGAAAACUUGAACCCCUACUUUACGUCAAAAUAAAAAUCAAUGCCAGGUAGAUCAUAAUUUGAAAUGUGAAAAACAAAACAAAAAAGCUUUCAGAAGAUAACUUAGAAGAAGGCCUUCAUGACCUUAGCAUGGGAUAACACUUUUUAAACAGGACUCAAGAAACAAUGCCCGUAAAAAGAAUAAUUUGCAAUAUAUAACUGCUAAAGGCCUCAUAUUCAGCAUAUGUAACAAAUUCCUUCAAAAAACUAAAAGUAAAAUAAAAAGACAAUCUAAUACAAAAAAUAAACAAGAAACGAGCAGACUCAUGACACAAGAAUAUAUCUAAAUGGCUAGUAAAGUUAUGAAAAGGUUCUCAAUGUCAUUAAUGAUCAGAAAAAUGCAAAUGAAAACCACAGUGAGAUAUCACUACCUAGCCUCGAAAAUGGCCAAAGUUAUGAAGCCUGAAAAUACCAAGUGUUGGGAGAAUAUGGAAGAAGAACCCUCAUUAGAGGUGAAGGCAGUGAAAGUUGUUAUGACUACUUUGGGAACAGGUUUGGCAUUCUUGACUUCAGUUGAAAUCACGUCUGUCCUAUGAUCCAGCAAUCACACCUCUGGGUACAUCGCUGAUAAAAACAUGUGCACCUAAGAGGAGACACAUACAGGAAUGUUCAAGGUAGCACUAUUGCUAAUAGCUCCAAACGGGAAAAAGUCAAAAUGUCGUCAAAAAUGGGAUGAAUAGGGGCCGGCUCGAGGCCAAGUGGUUAAGUUCGCACACUCUGCUUGGUCCGCCCAGGGUUUUGCCGGUUCAGCCUAAUCUUCAGGUUGACUUUUGAAGCAGUGCUCCUUAGGACAUUCUGAACCCGCCCCCCAGCAUAGCUGAGCAUCCAGGAAUGCGCCUCUGUCCCACUCACUUGUAAUUUACGAUAUGGAAGUCACAAAAAUGCUGCUUUUUUCAUAAAUUAAUAAGUAUACAUCUCAAUGUGUGUGUUAUUUGACAGUUCAACCCUCAAAUGUAUUUGCUUUAUUUUCUCGAGUGCAAGAGUCAUAUAAGGAAGUCAUUGAAGACACAGGUGUCUGAAUUAGAUUAACCAGGAUUCAUUUCCCAGUUCUGCCCCUUAUUUAGUGAAUGGCCCGUCCAAGCCUGCUUCCUCAUUUUGUAACUCGGGGUAAUGCGAUUAACUUGCAGAACUGCUGGAAGGACCUAAGGAGGCAGUAAAUGCAACAUUCUCAGCAUCGCACUUGGCUCAGAGGAAGACUUCAGUAACUUCACAUGAUGGCGAUGACGGUGAGGACAAUGAUGACAGUGUAUCCUCCCUGAAACCCUUCAGGAGUUAAACUGGAAAAGGAAACGUCUGUACUUUUUGUUGGUGGUAUUAGUGCUGGGGUUGGGGUGGGGGCAUUGGUUUAUGGCCUUCCUGAUCAGAAAGACCAGGAAUCUGUACAUCAGGCUCCACAAAAUUAGGAUCUCAGUGUGGUAAACCAUGACAAGAAGAGUUGUAAUCUUUAUGGGCAGAGGAAAACACCAAUUUGAAUGGGUCGAGUCAUUUCAAAACUCUUCUGAAGGACGCAGUUCGGCUUAUUUUGUCCGGUGAAGGUUUAGGCUGGGAGGGGCUCGGACUGCCUCCUCCUGAGGUUCACAGGGGCGGGUAAGCACGCAGGAUUUAAAGGAACAACGGGAACUCCCUAGGGCGAGUUCCGGGUCACAGGUAAAAACAAAAGAAAAGUCAUGACUGUGCUCUUAGUGCAUGGGAAACAUCAGCUGAACACGGAGCCACUUCUCAGUCACACGCCUCCUACAAAACCACAGGCACCCUGAGGACGGACGGGUGAGGUUCUUAACAGGCACCAGCCCAGUGAAGUUCUGACUUGGUGUCUGACAAGUGCAAAGGGGAACCUGAGAGGAAGGGAGAGAGGGAAGACGAUUACGGAAGAGGACUGGCUCACAAACAAGGAGAAAGGACUCCAAAGCCCAAGUACCCACCCACUGGCACCUGCUGUUAGGAGGAAAGGACGAACUACUCCUGCCAAGUCACGAAGGCUCGGGAGACAGGGAGGCAGGGCCGCGGUCUGUCUGCUUAGCCCCUCGAGGGCGGUGAACAGUUCCCGUUUGAACGGAAAUACAUACAAGUCCCAAAGUUUAGAUACCAAAAAACUAUUGGCCCCAAAUAUUUUUGUGGCAAAUAUACAUCAUAUUUAACCCACCAGACUUAAAAUGAUAGUGAUGGAGCUAAACUAACGUAAUUUACAUUUAGUAAGAACAACAGUAACUCAAGAUAACACUGAUGAUGUCCUGAUAACACACAGUCCUUGGAAAAUGUUCAGUCCUUCCUAAACUCUUACUGAAUCAGCAGGAGUCCAGCCAGGAGAACAGAAAACAUACCAGUUAUUUUAACAGAAAGAACUGGCUAUAAGGAAUUGGUUAAACAGAUGUUGGAAAGCUAAAAAAGUAAAAAGGGAUUCUGAGAAGGAGACAAAGCAAGCAACUGCAGGAAGCAGCUGCCAGCCCUGGGACUGGAGAAACCAAGGGAAGGCGGGCUUCAUCCGGGAAGAGGAACCCAGGGACCUGGAACAGCAGCCUGUGAGAACGGGGCGGGCAGCCCCGGCUGUGCCCCUGAGGGGUGCGAUGAGGCCGAUUCUGGGGGUUGAGGAAGCGGGAAACCAGCACCAGAGCAGCUGCCCCUGCCGGGGGAGGGCCACUGUGACAGACGGGGCGCAGCAGGUCCUUCCCUCCGCCAGCCCUCAGUCCUCCAGCGCCCCUCACCCCCCGUGGGGGAAUCUACGGGACCGGCGACACACCAGACGUGUGGUUUGUGGGGUCCCGGGUUCUGCCUCGCUGAGCCGAGUCGCAGCCAGAGGGACAAGCUGGCCUGGACUCACCCUGUUCGCAGUCUUUCCGGCGAGGAGGAAGAAGCCUACUGAGGGGACUCUGAAAAUCCUGCCCAUCCUCUCACCCCCUCCCACCAAAAUCGCUUCUUUUUUUCAUUUCGCGAAGAUUCUUUUUUCUAAGAUAAAGGUAGUUGACCUAUUUUCGGGUCGUGUUUCUCCAUUUGCAUAUUUGGAGACAGGUGUUGGUGUUCCCGAGGGAAAGAGCGGGCAGCCCUCCGCGGUAGGCGUUGGUUUCCGUCCUCAGGCCUGCCCAGCCUCUACCUGCCUCCCGAGGACCAGGCCGAGCCCGCUCGCUUCCUUCCACCGUUCCCACCUUUCUCAACAGCGCCCCGCCCUCCGGGGAGGAGGCGGCAGGACCCGGCCUGCGUGGACGCCGCCCCUCGGCUCUGCGCCCGUGUCCCGGUCUGCGACACCGGGCGACCCCAGACCGCAGGGGGAUCGGGGAAUCCCGCACGGCGCGUGGGGAGCGCCCACGGUCCCCGAGGGGUCUCCUUCCCCCCGAGCCUCGGGAGCGACCCCGGGCCUGGGGGCCGCAUCGCCCCUCCGCCCGGACGGUGCCCAAGCUGAGACCGGCCUCCGUGCGCCGCCCCAGCCGGCCCGGGGACGGGGCGCACCCACCAUGUGAAGCCCCCGCCCAUGGGGAAACCCCGCGCCCCCGCGCCCCCGCCAGGGCGGACCGAGGGCCCCGGGCGCUGCUGCCGCCGCCGCUGGUGCUGCUGCUCGCGGCCGCGCGGUCGGGACGCGCAGAGUUCCAGAUAGACUGCACACGAGUCAGAAUGACCCAUUAAGUGGAGGUGUGGCGUAAUUUUCAGAAGCAUUCAAAGCCGCUUGGUAAUCAAGCUGGGAAAUGCUAUGUUGGGCAAAAAUAAGAUGACAGGGCAAGCAUUCCUUGAGAAAUCCUCGUCUGUUCACUCGGCUUCACAGCCCCGAGUCCUCUGACCAGUGAGAGCCCUGCAGCUGUGCCUCGUCAGGAGCACCUGGUGUUUCUGUCGCAAACACAGGAAUACAGAGCUCGGAGCCGCCCGCCCACCCCGUCCCCACAGCCAGCAGCUGGGAAAGCUCAGCCUCCUCACUGGGGCUGCUGCAAAUGGUCUUGCUGGUGUCUCAGUCCUAUUCUUGCCCCAUCCAAUCUUUUCUCCCCUCAGUAGUGAAGUAAUCCAUUUGAAAUAUAAGUAGGCUCAUGGCUUCCCCUGCUUCAAAGACUCCAAUAUGUUCCCGCUGAAUUUCAGUUAUAAUCCAAAUUCCUUCCCAGGGUUUAUGAAGACUGGGGACCAAGCCACUUCGUCCUUCUGUUUCGUCGUGGCCACUCUCCUCUCCUCACUUUUUCCAGUUACACUGAUCAUUCGACAGUCCAAGGGCAUUGUCUCUUUUGAUGGGCUCUUUCCCAUCUGGGGGUCUCUGCCCUCCCACCCCACAGCUGACUCCUCAGAGCCUGUCUUAGUAGGUUCUGUGACCUGCUGCUCCAACCUCAUUCCUUUCCAGAGCCUCAUCACCAAAUCUGUAGGUACAUCUUGGUUUCUUUGUUGCCCUGUUGACGGUGUCUCUCUCCCACUAGUAGGGAGCUCCGUAAGGGCAGGAGCGUAUCUCUUUGUUCGCCCUUAGACAGCCACAUCGUAGCACCUGUCUCAGUUUCCUGGAGCUGCCCUAACAAAGCACCACAAACCGGAUGGCUUAGAACCACAGAAAUUUGUUCUCUCCCAGUUCUGGAAGCUGGAAGUAGGAAACCAGGCGUGUGCAGGGCCGCGCCGUCUCUGAAGCUCUGGAGGGUGCUGCUUGCUUCUUGCAGCUCCUGGGCGUCCCAGGCGGUCCUUGGCUUGUAGAUGCAUCACUCCGAUCUCCCACCCGCAGUGGUGUUCCCCUGGGUCAGUGAGUCUUCACACGGCUUCCUGCUUACAAGGACACCAGUGGUACUGGGUCAGGGGCCUCGCUGCAGGAGGGUCUCAUCUGAGCUAGUUCCGUCUGCAGAAACCCUAUUUCCUAAUAAGGUUGCAUUCGGAAGUAAUGGGGCUAGGACUUCAAUACAUCUUUUUAGGGAGACAUAACAGCACCUAAUAAAUAUUAGUUGAAUGAAUAAACAUGAAGACUCAUGAAGUGAUAUUCCCCGUCAAUGCAGGUGAGGUUGCCGUGGUGCAUUCUGUGCAGGAGAUGAAGAACUGAAGGCCAAGGCAAAUACAUCUCCACAUCCUUACGUUUUACUGUGGUUUCUCAUUGACAGGGGGCCUGUCCUCAGCACUAAAGAGGCACCAGCACAGACCCAGCACAGCCUCCAGGAGUCCCCACCUUCGUAGUCGCCAUCCACUGUCUGGGGGACGUGUUAAAGCAGGAGAGCAUUCUAGGCGGAAAUAAGAGAAAAUAUUCUGGAAGGAAAAAGAAAGAGCUUCCUGCUGCAAGAUGUGGUGGGAUCCAAAAAAAUUUCCCUGUGUCCAUGCUGGUCUGCCUAAGCCUACAAAUAUCACCUUCUCCUCCAUAAACAUGAAGAACAUCCUGCAGUGGAGUCCGCCAGAGGGCCUACAAGGAGCCGAAGUUACUUACACCGUGCGGUAUUUCAUAUACGGGCAAAAGAAGUGGCUGAGUAAAUCCGAAUGCAGAAAUAUCCUCAGGACCUACUGCAACCUCUCUGCUGAAACCUCUGACUACGAACAUCAGUAUUACGCCAGAGUUAAGGCCGUUUGGGGAACGAAUUGUUCCAAAGGGGCACAAACUGGACGAUUCUAUCCUUUUUUAGAAACACGAAUUGGCCCACCAGAGGUUGCUUUGACUACUGACAAGAAAUCCAUUUCUAUUGUUCUGACGGCUCCAGAGAAGUGGAAGAAAGAUCCAGAAGAAAGUUCUAUUUCCAUGCAACAAAUCUAUUCUAAUCUGAAGUAUCACGUGUCCAUAUAUAACGCUAAAGCAAAUAAAACGUGGUCCCAGUGUGUGACCAACCAGAUGCUGGUGCUCAGCUGGCUGGAGCCAGACACUCUGUACUGUGUCCACGUGGCGUCCUUCGUCCCGGGGCCUCCUCGCCUUGCUCAGCCCUCUGAGAAGCAGUGUGUCAGUACUUUGAAAGAUCCAGCAUCAGCGCUGAAGGUUAAAAUCCUCUUCUGGUAUGUUUUGCCCGCAUCGGUUACCGUGUUGCUUUUUUCUGUGAUGGGCUACUCCCUGUACAGAUACACCCACGUCAGCAAAGAGAAACACCCAGCAAAUCUGAUUUUGAUUUAUGGAAAUGAAUUUGACAAAAGAUUCUUUGUGCCUGCUGAAAAAAUCGUGAUUAACUUUAUCACCCUCAGUGUUUUGGAGGAUGCUAAAAUUUCUCUUAAGGAUGUACGUGUAAUGGAAAAAAGCAAUGAUGCAUCGGCCCUGAGAGAGCCCAGCGAGGACUGGGAGCCCCAGCAGGAGGAAGUGGAGGUGAAACACCUGGGGUACUCUUCCCACUUGAUGGGCGUUCUCUUUGACUCUGAGGAAACCGCCAGGGGUACUUCCCUACCCCAGCAAGAGCCACUCGGCAGAACAACAGCCACAGAUCCUGCAGUCGCUGAAUAUGAAUACAGCCUAAGACCUGCUGACAUCUGUGUGGGACCUGCAGACCAGGAGCUCAAUUUGCAGGAGGAGGGGCCCCGACGAGGACAAUUAUUUGAGCGACAGGCAGCUUCAGCAGACGCAGGCCCACAAACACUGCUGUAUUCAUACGCCCCUCAGCUCAGAGACUUGGACCACCUGCCACAGGAGCACGUGGACAGGGAACAGGGGCCAGAGGAACAGCCGGCCACCACACUGGCCGACUGGGACCCUCGGACCGGCAGGCUAUGUAUACCUUCAAUACCCAGCUUUGAACACGACCCAGAGGGACGUGAGCGCCCUGAGCACGGGGAGCUCCUGGAGGACGGCCUUUUGUCCAGACUCUAUGCAGACCAGGCUCCAGACGGGCCACCAAAGGAAAGUGAGGCCUAUCUCACGCAGUUCAUGGAGGAGUGGGGGUUGUGCGUGCACGUGGAGGACUCACGCCCAGCUUCCCCCUGCAGAUCCCUGUUACGAGGCUCCUGAGUGAGCACAGGAGUGCCGGGACCACAAAGGCCUGGGAUGGCAGACAUGAAUCCGAUUCUUCUGUGUCAGUGAGAACUCCUUCUUCUCUCUAGGCUCCAGCCCUGCUGUUGUUCUGCUUCCUGUGGGUGGUUGGUUCAUGCAUGUGGGUCUCUUAGAGCAACGGGGGACCUAGCGUGCAGGGCGGACCCAUCGCUUUGUACCCAGCUAGUAUCCAAAAAUGUUUGCCAGGUUGGAUGCAGAAUUUAUUCAGGUGGGUGUCCUAUGGCCUCUCUGUUUAUCAUUUCCUGACAAGCACACUUCUGGAGAAGAUACAAUUUCUGCAUGUUUACCCAGGGUAUAGUGUACCAUACUGUAAAACAUUUCAUGAGGACCGUUCCUUUUAUAAUUUUUAGAAUUUGGUUUAUUGCCAGAAAGAUGAGAUACUUAAAACAUACAAAUACUACCAAAUGGUGGUAACUUGGUUACACUUAGGGACCCUGGCUCACUAGCUAAUCCUGGCAGUCACGGGCAGAGGGAGCAUGUUGGGCACAGGUUUUCUUGAUAUCACACACUUUGGGCUACUUGAAGUGGCCAUAUUAAGACUUUAUGAGAAGUUCUGGAGUGUAAACAUAAAUUGUUAUUAAUAUUUUGUUGUCAGAAAGUGUCCUCUCAAUAGCUUAGUAGGGGACUAACCUGAAAGAAAGCGUCACAUUUUAUAAUGAAAUAUUACAUUUAUUUCUGGAAAUGUGUUUUUUAAAAAGAUAUUUACAUCGUCUAUAAAGUAGAACAUGUUUAGCAGCAUGAAACCUGUUACUAACAUUAAAUACUCUAUUUGAGUGGG